UUCCAUUUCGAACUAGCUCCGAACCGCGGCGCACGCGGUUUUUGUAUUUAUAAACAACUGAAAUCAUGCUGGCGAGUAUCAGCGAAAAGAGCUACGCGGCGGAGGCACGCUACACGAACUUCUACGCCGGCGGCGACAUCGCCUGGAGCGCGGAUGGCCAUUAUCUGUACUGCCUGAAUGGAGCGGCUGUAAACCAGGUGGAUGUGAAGAGCUCCCAAAUCCUGUUGAGCUUCGGAGUGGCGGCCUCAUCGGGGGAGAACAAGAGGUCGGCAGAUGUGGAUAACAUCGACGUGGAGGAUGACACCGUCACCUGCUUCGGCCUGUCUCAGGAGCACCUGGUCACUGCCCACCGGAGUGGCCUGCUCCGGCUGUGGCAGCUGGCCACCGCCAAGCUGGUGAAGCUGUGGAAGGCCCAGCACAAGGGACCCGUUAUUCGGGUGGAGUUCAGUCCCUGCGGCAGGCUAAUCUGCACCAGCGGCGGAGCGGACGCCACACUAAGGCUGUGGGACUACUCUAACAACAGCUGCCUGGGUGCCCUCAAGGGUUUCCCGGGUCCCGCUUGGCUCCUUGUCUUCCAUCCCAAUGUGCUGCGCAAGGAGAUCUACGCUGGGGGUUCGGAUAGCACGGUCUAUGCCUGGAACUACGAGACCAAGACCCUGCUGCACAAGAUGCGGGGUCAUCUCUCGCAGAUCACGGGCCUGAGUUUCAAGAGCAGCUCGGCCGACUGCAAUGAGAUCGUGACCGUAAGCCGGGACAAGGUCUUGAUCGUGUGGCAACUGCAGGAGCAGUUGGAGAGCAAGCAGCUGAAGGUACUCCCUAUGUACGAUGAACUGGAGGGAGUCGUGUACGUCGAAGAGGGACAUCAGAUAAUCGUAGCCAGUGGGACAGGCAAGCUGCAGCAGGUGGACACCAAGUCCUGGAAGACCAGGGAUCUUCUUUCCCAGUCCGAUUUCCAAAUCAGCAGACUGUUGCACUGCAGCGAACUUAAGCAGCUGGCGCUGGUCACUACGGAACAAAAUAUCCUGCUCUACGAUGCCGGAAGUCUGGAGCCUAUUAAGCAGCUUGUGGGCUACAACGACGAGAUUCUGGAUAUGUGCUUCAUGGGGGACAACGAUCGCUACCUGGCCGUGGCCACCAACAGCAAGCACUUCAAGCUGUACGACACGGAGCACGAUAUGAACUGCAAGCUGAUCGUGGGCCACUCGGAUACGGUCAUGUCCCUGGCCGCCUCCCAGAAUCUACUCAUUUCGGUGGGCAAGGAUUGUAGCGUCCGGUUGUGGAGGCUUCAGCACGACAAGGAUUGCUCGCUUGAGGCUCUGACGCAACAGGCCAACUGUCACACGUCCACUAUUGGAUGCGUGGCCAUGACGCACAACGGAGCCACCGGCUUUGCUUCCGUCAGCCAGGAUGGAAGCAUGAAGGUGUGGCAGCUGGCCAGGGACAAGGAGGAUCGCAACUCGUACUCUUUCAACCUGCGCUAUGCAGCGCUUUCCCACGACAAAGAGGUGAACUGCGUGGCCUAUGCCCCGAACAACAAGCUCAUUGCCACCGCAUCGCAGGACAAGACAGCAAAGGUCUGGCUGUCGGAUUCCAACUCGCUGCAGGGCGUGCUGCGGGGUCACACACGCGGAGUGUGGAGUGUGCGCUUCUCGCCGGUGGACCAGAUCGUGCUCACCUCGUCUUCGGACUGCACUCUGCGCCUUUGGUCCAUCAGCAACUUUACGUGCAUUAAACGCUUCGACCAGGAGUGUACCAUACUUAGAGCCGAGUUCCUGGAUCAUGGAAAGUUUAUCCUUUCCGCCGCUUCGGACGGCCUUCUUAAGCUGUGGAAUAUAAAGACCAACACAUGCCUGCUAUCCCUGGACGAGCACAGCGACAGGGUGUGGGCUCUGGCCGUUUCCGGCCGUAGCAAUCGGUUCUUCUACACCGGAGGGGCGGACUCCAAGCUCAUUCGUUUUGGCGACGUCACCCAGGCGACGCGCAACGAGGCGCUGGACCAGCGACAGGCCACCUUGGAGCAGGAGCAGACACUUCAAUCCCUUCUGCACGCCCACAAGCAACUUCACAAGGCUUUCGUCCUGGCUUUGAACUUAAACAAGCCAAAAACCAGCUUUGACAUUAUCAACCACUUUGUCCGGCAACGGGAUGAUCCUGGUCUCCGCCAACUGGUGGACCAGUUGAACGUGGACCAGCGCGUGGCGCUGCUGCAGCAUGUCAAGGCAUGGACCACCAACUCGCGACACUCGCAGGUGGGCAACCUGAUCCUGAAGCACUUAAUCGGCGAUGCUCUGCAGGAUCCCAAGGCAAGGUUCUACAACAAUGGCAACAUGGUCGAGGUGCUCACACCGUACGUCCAGAGGCACUUUAAGAGGGUCACCGAACUGAACAAGGAGCUGGCCUUCCUGGAGUUCAUUGUCAAAUGCAUGUAGACUAUAGCUUUUGAUCUGUUUUCUUCAGGCUUGUUGUAAUGUAACUGAGUUUAAAUAGUUUUAGGAAGUAAAAAGUACAAUAUUAUA